AUGCUCAAUUAUCAUAAUUCUACUUCUAUAGAACAGCUUCCAGCCGAAGUCCUUCAACAAAUUUUUAUUUUAUCCGGCAACCAUCACUUCCCGCUGGUCUCUUGGACUUUUUACAAUGCAGCUAACUGUCAGACCAGCGUCAAGACAGCCUGGCUACUUCACAAAUAUGAGUACAAUCAUGAGCUGGCCUUUUAUCGAGGAUUACGCCGACGCUUCUUCAACAAAGACAUUCUUUUCCAAUUGGACGCUAGCUAUCAAUUGGAAUUAAAAGCGAACGGCGAACAGCCUAAACCGUUAUCAUUCUCUAAACGGCCCAUUCCACAAUCUCUUUUCCAAGUGCCGGAUCAAAAGAAUUACGAACUCGUAAAGAUUUUACUUAAGCGGGGUGGAUCUUCUACCGAUCACAACAACUAUCCGAUUAUAAAGUCUGCUCAAUUGGGUUGUCUGGACAUGGUUGAGCUAUUACUCCAAUAUAAAGCCAAAGCUGCAGUUAAAGAUAACCUUGCUCUGAUAUAUGCAGUCAAAGGGAAAAACAUUAAGAUUGUAAAGAGAUUAAUUGAAGCUGGCGCUCCAGUAGACGAUGAUUGUAUGAAAACGGCAGAGAGGAAUAAUCAUCCGGAGAUGAUUAGUCUAUUGAAACUUUAUAGAAGAAAAUUGUAA